AUGAUCUACCAGCCCAAUUCUACUUCCAAUGGGGUGUAUCGCACCAACGCGUCGCUGGAUAUCAUGUUCCUCCAAGACGCUACAGGGAGUCAACAGCAGUAUAUCGACACUGCGCGCAACGGGAUCACCCAGAUUUGCAAUACACUUUUAUCUGGGGGGAAAAUCGCUCCAGACAAUCUCAGACUUGGUCUUAUUGCCUUCCGCGACCAUCCUCCUCAAGAACACAGCUUCAUCAUCCAGGAAUAUCCUUUCACGUCCGAUUUUGGAAAUUUUGCGUCUAACUUAACCAGCUUAACAGCGGCAGGCGGUGGAGAUGAACCUGAUUCUCAGAGCGAUGCUUUGUCCGCUGCCUACAAGGCUGACUGGAGGGACGAAGCGACAAAGGUUGUGGUGCUGAUUACUGAUUCACCCCCGCAUGGAAUUGGAGAGGACGGAGACGCCUUCCCUGAGGGGUGUCCGCUUCAAAUUGACCCGCUCCGUGUUGCGGCGAGCAUGGGAAAAGCUGGCAUCACUCUGUAUGUGAUUGCGUGCGAGCCUGCUCUGAGCCACAAUUACAAGAGAGCACGUGCUUUCUACCAAGGAUUGGUUAAGAAAACCGGUGGGAGAGUGGUCAACCUCGGCGAUCUCAGCGUGCUGCCCACUCUCAUCGCUGGUUCCGCCUUAGAAGCAGUCGACAGCGAGAUUUACGUAGCCAAGCAUCAGGCUGAAGUUCGCAGCAUGGCGAACGAUCAGAAGAUGAACGCCAGCGAAAUUUCUCUGAAGCUACACAGGAAAUUCGUGGCUGCAAGCAUCCAACACAGCACCCUCGUUGUCGAUAAUAUGUACGAACAGCGUACGCAAGGAGAUCGGAAUGCCGACAUAUGGUUUGAUGCUGAGAAUCUUGACGAAGCGAAGAUGAAUAUUCAGGAGGUUGAAGGCAAUCAUAUUCUCGCAAAGUACCAGACUCCUGGGGUAGGGCAAUUAGCUGCUAUAGAGACGCAGCCGAUCAGCUUGGCUCAGGUCGAGACUGUCGUUCAGAAGUGUCUUGUGAGAGAAUUGUGA